UUUGUGAGUAGAUAAUAAAGGGGAAAUUGGAGGAGAGGAAACCCCGACCUCUCCUCUCGCGCGCCAACUCAAUACGGGAGGCGAUGGCCCGCCUACUCCUCUCCGGCGGCGGCGGCGGCCUCACGCCUCUCCCCCUCCGCCGCGCCAUUGCGCUCCCACUGUUUCCCACUCCUCUCCGCCUCCGCCUCCCCCUCCGCGUAGCCGCGCCCACCCGCCUGGUCACCGUGGAGGACUUCGACCCCGGCGCGGCGCCUCCCUUCGGGCUGGCGGACAUCCGCGCCGCCAUUCCCAAGCACUGCUGGGUGAAGGACCCCUGGCGCUCCAUGGGCUACGUGCUGCGCGACGUCGUGGUCGUGCUCGCCCUCGCCGCCGCCGCCGCUCGGCUCGACACCUUCCUCGCAUGGCCGCUCUACUGGGCCGCGCAGGGCACCAUGUUCUGGGCGCUCUUCGUCCUCGGCCACGACUGCGGGCACGGCAGCUUCUCCAACAACCCGAGGUUGAACAGCCUUGUUGGCCACAUACUCCACUCCUCCAUCCUGGUACCCUACCAUGGCUGGAGGAUUAGCCACAGGACGCACCAUCAGAACCAUGGCCAUGUCGACAACGAUGAGUCCUGGCAUCCUCUUCCUGAGCGGCUGUAUAGGAGCCUGAACAGCGCCACCAGGAUGCUCCGCUUCACAAUUCCCUUCCCCAUGCUCGCCUACCCAUUCUACCUGUGGGCGAGGAGCCCAGGGAAGUCAGGUUCGCACUUCGAUCCUAGCAGCGACCUGUUCCAACCCAACGAAAAGAACGACGUGCUGACGUCCACGGCGUGCUGGGUGGCCAUGGCCACCCUCCUCGCUGCCCUCACCUUCCUCAUGGGACCCCUUCAGAUGCUCAAGCUCUACUUUGUCCCUUACUGGAUUUUUGUUAUGUGGCUGGACUUCGUCACCUACUUGCACCAUCACGGCCACAACGACAAGCUGCCCUGGUACCGUGGCAAGGAAUGGAGCUAUCUGAGGGGAGGGCUGACGACGCUGGACAGGGACUAUGGGUGGAUCAACAACAUCCACCACGACAUCGGGACACAUGUUAUUCACCAUCUUUUUCCCCAAAUCCCGCAUUACAAUCUAAUCGAGGCGACGGAGGCAGCGAAGGGUGUGCUGGGGAAAUACUACAGGGAGCCUGACAAGUCAGGGCCAUUUCCGUUUCACCUGUUUGGAGCACUGUCCCGGAGCUUGAAUCGCGACCACUACGUCAGUGACACCGGAGAUGUCGUCUACUACCAGACCGACCCAAGCAUCUCGUUGUCUCCGACCACUCGCACCACCAACAACUAAAUUCAAGUGUCCCAUGCAUGCUUCCUCCUUAAAUUCUUAUUAAGCCCGGAGGCUCAAAUUAGCUACUGAUCGAGCUUGGGACUGACAUGGACGUAUAUAAAAUUGGAGUGAUCUUGGACACCUUCCAUCGACAGACAGAGACCGGAGUAGAGUACCUGUAUAUCACCAUGUUGAGGGCUACAUUCUUUUCCGUGGAUAGGACUUAGGAUUUAUACUGAAGGUUAGCUGCAUAUAUUGCCUGCGUGCUCUGUUUGUAAGACACAAGAUAAGACAGCGGUAAUUUGGACAAGGCGAAUACAUAUACCUCAGAAUUCACGGAUGCUGCAUUCAGUGCAUCUCAUCAUUUUGUUUCAAACGGUACUAUACAUCAAUUACUGGACUACUUUUGUAACUCCA